ACAAUCAAGUAGACUACAAUGAUCAAGUGUGUAUAUCCGACCGACAUUUGUGACAGUAAAUUGAGGACAUAUAAUCGAGUUUUCUUUCAAGUUUCUUAAAUAUUACAAACGGAUUUAAUCUGUCACUAUCCUGAUUAUUUGUAUGUAAAUACGUCCAUUUCAAGUAAAUCGGACGUAUAUGUAUUUGUAAAGUAUUUCAACAUGAUUACGAUUUCAAAAUAGUCAGCUCAGGAAACAGGAAAUAAAAGUGGAUAAUAAAAUGUGACAGAUUCUAUUUCAAAUAAAAGUGAAGUUUAAAUGGAAAAAAAAACUUAAAACAUAUUUAAGACAGAGUUUACAUAAACAAGAUGGCUGACAGUGUACCUGGGAAACUUACAGACUUUACAAAUCAACCAAACAAUGAAGUAACAAGUGCCUUUUUAUUUUGUGACCCUUGUUACCAAGAUGGAGAUAAAAAGGAAGCAGAAGGAUUCUGUGUGGAAUGUCAGCAUUACCUUUGUGAUCAAUGCUUCAGGUAUCACUGCCUUCCUAAACCGAUGAAACAUCACAAAUUGCUAGGGAAGUCAGAAAUGCCAAAGAGAAAGGUUGAUGAAAGUCUCUCUGAAACCUGUUCACAUCAUGAGGAGGAGAUGAUUAAAUAUUACUGUAAAACACACGGGACAGUUGGCUGCAACUCUUGUAUGAUCAUACACCACAAACCAUGCCUUGAAAUCUGCACCCUCACAGAUAUAGCUAAGGAUGUGGAACUAUCACCUGCAUAUAAAGAUUUUUGUACAAGAAUGGAGACAACCAAGACCAACCUAGAGGAUCAGAUUAAAACUGCAAGAGAAAACAUAGCAAUAUGUAGAUCUUGCAGAGAAACGGCUCUAACUGAAAUCAAUAAAUUACAGCAGAAAAUAAACAUCCAGUUUGAGUUGCAGAAGCAGGAACUUGCAAAAGAAGCUGAGGAAAAAGAGAACAAUGAAGUUAGAAAACUGAAAGAAGUCGAAAAUUCAGCCAAUGAUUCAAAAACUGUUCUAGAUAACCUGAAAGAAGAUUUUCAAAUACUAGAGGAAACAAAACAAAGCAAACAGCUAUUCAUUGCAUUAAAGAAAAAUCAAGAAAAACUGAACUUUCUUGAACAAAAAGUGGCAGAUAUACAAAAAGAAAACAAAGUGGACAAAUAUUGUUUUAUUCCAAACAAGUUUCUGAACAGUGCGCUGAAAAAUGUUGAUGCUCUUGGUGAAUUGUGUGUACAAAAGAAAGAAGAGUCAGAAGAGGAUAUGAAGAGUUUCUAUGGAAACUAUCCUGAAUAUGGAAUGCCAAGAGGAUGCCAAAUAUCAAAUGAAAAUGUAAUUAUACUAGAUACAAUUUACAAUCGUGUAAGGCUGUAUACAGUAGAUGAACAUACAUUGGUAACAGAGAAAGAAUUAACAUCAUGUCCAUGGGAUAUUGCAUCUAUUGAGGAAAACAAGUUUGCAUUAACAUUGCCAAAUGUAAAUAAAAUCAAAAUCAUGUCUGUUGAAGAUGAAAACAUAACAGUUGGAGAGAAAAUAAAUGUUGGUGCUAGAUGUGAGGGAAUACACUUUGCAGAGGACAAGCUGUAUGUGGCAUGCAGUAAACCUGCACAAGUUUUAAUUCUAAAUAAAACAGGAACAAUAAUCCAAUGUUAUAUAAAAGAUCAAGCAGGUGAGCAGUUGUUCCAACAACCAGCUUAUAUAUAUUUCGAUACUGAAAAGCAACUGAUUUGUGCCUCUGACAGAAAGGCAAGCUGCAUUGUAACCAUGGCAACUGAUGGGAAAGUGCAAAAUGUAUUCAGAAAUGAAGAUUGGAAAAUGCCACUUACAAUUGGGAAAGAAGAGAAUAAAAUCAAUAUUUCAGACUUUGAAAAAACACGCAUGACACACAUAGAUUUAAUUACUGGUGAAUGUGAAAUAGAUGAUGAUAUAUUUGGAUUUGUAUUUUCCAAGAAUGCACAAUGUUGGGACAAGUCAUUUAUAUGUUGUUUUCUUUUGACAUAAGAAGACUAAUGAUUAGUAUCAAUAAGACAUAAAUAUAGGUUAACAUAACAAGACUUUUUUUAUAAAUACAUGUAUAUAACUACUGGCUGUUAUUGGUUUUUGAAUUUGAUAAUUGGUGUAAAAACUAGAAAAGAAUCUGACAAGUUAGUUUUCAAAAUAGACAUAAUAAAAAGUUAUAAUUGGUCUGUCUAAUAGUUGCCACUAUUACAGCAUUUGUCUGAAAAUAUGAACUAACUCUAGACUACAUAUACGUAAUUAAUUUUGUCAGAUUUUACAACUGUUUCACUAUGCAUUACAAUAGCUGAAAAGAACAAGCAAUUUUGUUGCAUUGAUAUUAAAAAUAACAUGAUACAAUGUACCUGAAUCAUUUGAUACUUCCGAAUACAAUAAAUGAAUAAAAAGUGAUAUUAAAAUAUUUACUUUCAAAAUGACAUAAAGCCAACAAAUUUGAGCAGUGUCGAAUAAUUGUUACUAGCAUGCACAUUUAUGCUGAAAUUAUCAAAAUUAUUGAAUCAAACUAGACCAGGAAUGGAAGUAAUCUAAUAUUAACUCUGGUUUAUUGUGAAAUAUACAUGUACAUAUAUAAAUAAAUGGAAAAUAUACCUUCUUGUCACACAAAAGAAACCCGAUAGUCAUGUUUACACCUUGAUUUCAUGUUUGAUUAUUUUGCAUGUAGAUAAUAUAUUUCAUAAGUCAUACUUUCCUACAGUAUAAUGCCAUAAUUUAUGGGAGAGUAUCGUAACGUAUGGUUACAUGCACAUUCCAUUGAAUUUAAACUUACAAUCUAUUCAAUGCAAAACAAUGUCAGUAAAAUUAUGCGAACUUUGGAAAAGAAGAUUAAAUCGUUUCAUAAAACAGGAAGAAAUAUUGUAUUCGUGACUCAUGU